AAUUACCGGCAACUAAAUAAAUAAUCUAAUUAACCUAACCAAAAAACGUCUAAAUAAACUAAAUAAACUUGAUCAAUCAACGUUUCUAUUUUUUGUGUUAAAUUUUUAGCUAUAAAAUAUUAUUAUAAAAAAUGAGUAAUAUUUACAUCCAAGAGCCUCCUUCUACUGGCAAAGUAUUAUUAAAAACGAGCGUUGGAGAUGUUGACAUUGAACUAUGGACUAAAGAAGCCCCUAAAGCUUGUAGAAAUUUUAUCCAACUGUGCAUGGAAGGUUAUUAUGACAACACAAUAUUUCAUCGACUUGUAAAGGGUUUUAUUGUCCAAGGAGGUGAUCCAACUGGUACAGGAGAGGGUGGAGAGAGUAUCUACGGUCGUCCAUUCAAGGAUGAAUUCCAUACAAGAUUGCGGUUUUGUCGGCGUGGUUUGGUCGCAAUGGCCAACGCCGGCAAAGAUGACAAUGGUUCUCAGUUUUUUAUCACACUCGCAGCAACACCAGAGUUACAAAAUAAGCAUACAAUAUUUGGAAAAAUUGCGGGAGAAACAAUUUACAAUAUUUUGAAAUUGGAGGAAGCUGAAGUUGAUCAUGACGACAGACCAUUGUAUCCUCAAAAAAUAAUAAAAACCGAGGUAUUAUUAAAUCCGUUCAAAGAUAUUGAGCCGCGAGAUUUGAAGAAAAAAGAAGAAAAAAUUAAAGAAGCUAAACCUAAAGCUUCUGGUGUUAAGAAUUUUAAGUUGUUAUCAUUCGGAGAAGAAGCUGAAGAAGAUGACGAGGAGUUUACUGUUUUAAAUAAACAAUUCAGUGGGAAAAGUAAAUCCGCUCACGACAAUCUAGAUGACCCUAAAUUGAGCUCCGCUGUUACGGUAGAACCAGCGGGUCCACCAAGUAAAAAAAGGAAAGAAGACCGAAGCAGCGACUGGGAAAGCGGAGAUGAGUUGAAUGAAGAAGAGCGUAGUAAAGCCAAAGAAAAAGCUGAAGAAAUGAAGAAAAGAAUAAUGGACAAGUUGAAAAAAAAAGGAGAGGAGAAAAAAAUGGUUAAGAGUAAAAAAGAGAUUAAUUAUGAAGAAGCUAAAGAAGAGUCUAGCGAAGAUGAAUAUUAUAUAGGAAAAGAGCGCGACGAUGAGCGAAAAAAACAAGCGGAAGCUAUUAAAAAAGAAAUAAGAGGGUUGAAACGCGAUGUGCAGCGUGAAAAGAAAGAUAAGGAGAUUAAGGAACAACAGAAGCUGGCUGAAGAACAAAAGCAGGCUAAAAAAGGCAAACUUAUUGAAGAGUUUGUAGAAAUUCCCAAGUAUAGAGAAGCCGUGGAGAAAAUUCCGCUGAAAGGAGAAUCAAGGGACAGUUUUACUAUGCAGAUGUUGAAUAAAUUUAAGAGUAAGUUACAAGACGUCAAGGAAUCAACUUCCGAUGGUGGUACUACAGAAAAUAAAGAUGUUAAAGAUGAUGAUGAUGAUGAAGAUGAUGAAUCCUGGAUGCAGCGGUCGUUAGUCUGUGAUGAUAAUAAUCCAACACUUGCCAAAGAUGCCAAUACUAAAAAUGACGACUGGUUCGAAAUUUACGACCCGCGAAAUCCCCUGAAUAAACGAAGAAGAGGAGAAACAUCAGAGAAGAAAAAGGGGCAAGGUAGUCGGCAUCAUUAUAGAAUAUAAUUAUUAUUUGAGGGAAAUAAUUAUAUUUUUUGGUACAUUCGUCACUUGUAUAUUUGUACAUAUUUCCAGUUAAUUAAAUUUUAACUGAAUAAUUUUUUUAA